GUACAAUGUGUGCGACUCGAUUAUCAACAUGCGGCAUGGAUGUGUUGAUUUCAGCCAACGUGUGAAGUGAAAAAUAAGUAAAUUACAUUAUUUCAGCUUCUAAAUAUACACAGGUGUUGGAAUUUUUCGCAGGCAAGAUGGCAAAUACCAACCUUCAAUUCAAAACAAAUUAUGUUGUGGACAGCAAGAUUGAACCGUUUUACAAAGGAGGGAAAGUGCAGAUAAGCAAAGAUGAAAAUUACAUCUUCUGCACUUGUGGAACUCGUGUCAAUGUUUUGGAGAUCAGUACGGGGAAGAUCGUCCACAGUGUUGAGCAUGAGGAUCAGGAGGACAUCACAUCUUUUGCUCUCAGCUGUGAUGAUGAGAUGCUGGUGACAGCUAGUAGAGCUCUGCUGCUGAAGCAAUGGGACUGGAGGCAAGCUCAGUGUACUCGCUCCUGGAGGGCCAUUCACACUGUUCCUGUAGCCAGUAUGACCUUUGACUCCACCUCAACCCUCCUGGCAACAGGUGGCUGUGAUGGCACUAUAAAGCUUUGGGAUGUGGUGAAGCAGUACUGCACCCACAACCUUAAAGGGUCACCUGGCGUUGUACACCUGGUCCAGUUCCACCCAGACAUCAGCCGGCUGCAGCUCUUCUCCUCCUCUCAGGACUGUGGCAUCCGGCUGUGGGACCUGAGCUCCAGUAAGUGUGUGUGUGUGCUGCAGAGCCACUACAGCGCUGUCACCUCGCUCAGCUUCAGCCCCGAUGGGGACACCAUGGUCAGUUCUGGCAGAGACAAGAUCUGUACAGUGUGGGACCUGAAGACGAAGAAAGCCAAGAGAGCGGUGCCUGUCUACGAGGUAGGACUUGUUCUCAAAGCUGAUCACAUGACUGAUUGUUUGUUUUACUGUUUUAAGACAUUCGAGGGUCACGAUGCAUCAGUUCUGAAGAUCAUCUUUGUGAGCCGAGGCACCCAGCUGCUCACCAGUGGCUCGGACGGUUUAGUGAAGCUGUGGACAAUAAAGACCAACGAGUGUGUGAAGACGCUGGACGCCCACCAGGACAAAGUGUGGGGUCUCCACAGCAGUCAGAAAGACAACAAGAUUGUGACUGGCUCAGCAGAUUCUAACAUCACCGUGUGGGUGGAUGUGACUGAAGUGGAGCUGGCCGAGGAGCAGGCCAAGCAAGAGGAUCAGAUACUUAAGCAGCAGGAGUUGUCCAACCUGCUCCAUGAGAAGAAGUACCUGAAGGCUCUGGGUCUGGCCAUCUCUCUGGACCAGCCUCACACUGUGCUCAACGUCAUCAAAGCGAUCCGCCAGUCGGAGAAUGGCCAUGAGCUGUUAGAGAAGACGCUCCUGAAACUCAGGGUGGAUCAAAAAGAGUCGCUCCUGCGCUACUGUGUGGUUUGGAACACCAACGCCAGAAACUGCCAGAACGCCCAGGCCAUCCUCCAGGUGCUCCUCACACACCUGCAGCCCGAGGAGCUGCUGCAGUACCAGGGCGCCCGAGCCCACCUCGAGGGACUCAUCCCAUAUACAGAGAGACACAUGCUGAGGAUCGGCAACCUGCUGCAGGCGUCCAUGUUCCUGAACUACAUGUGGCAGAAGAUGAGAGUGGCCGGAGCACCAGCCAGCAUGGGCCAAGAUGAAGACAUGGAUACCACUCCUCUUGCACAGCCUUUCUUUAUGAUUGACAAGGAGAAAGGAAUGGGCAGCGACGGUGAAGAGAAGCAAGAUGGGGAUGACAGUGAUGGUGGACAAGAUGAAGAUCUGGUUAAAAAAGAAGAAGAUGAGGAGGACAAUGAGGUCAGUGCCACCAAUAAAUCAACCAACAACAACAACAACAACAACGGGGGAAUAGCAAACGGAAAAGGCGCCAAAACAAAUGGCAACCACCACUCUGAAAGUGAGGAGAGCUCAGAGGAGGAAGACCCCGAAGAAGAGGAUCAGACAACUGUAAAGGUGGUGAAAUGUCUCCCGGUGUCUUCCGCUCCAGAAUGCCAGACUUCAGCCAGCUGACAGGGGUCUCAAAGCUGAUAACUGAUGACUCCUGGAGGAAAGAAAAGGGGGUUGUCUCAUCUCGGACCAUUAGCUGGUGUGACACACUGACUGAGUGUCAGUGUGUGAAGAGACGCAGAGACAGAAGUGGGAUGAUAGUGAUACAGAUAAUAAUCCUCUCUGUGCAUUCCUAAGUCUCAUGCCAGUCACUGAGUUGUGCUUUUUCAGACAAAGUGUACUUUGGUUGGAACAUAGGAGAACCAGAGCUGCAGUAAGGCUGUGUUAUUCCCCCCUCCCUGCAGACACCAGCCGCUAUUGUCUAGCUCUGCAUAGACCUGAUCUACCGGUUCAACCACAACAACAGAAAAUGUUCCUCCUAUAACCACAGAUUUUUUUAUGUCAUGACUACAAAUGUUUAUAAAAUAAAAGUCUGUUUUUUGUGAUUUAAAAUGAGUUACAUUUUCAUAUAGUCAUGUAUGUUUAGAAAUUCCCAAAUUAGUAAUUUGCAUUCCAAGUGUUAAUUGCUUAGUGUGAACAUGGUGAACAUUCCUGUU